UCUCAGUCCUAAACUGCCAGGGAGCUAUAAGCCCUGUCCCCCUCUCAAAAACCCUAUCAUUUCUCCCCAGCAGCCGUCUACUCCCGCACUGUGCUUCAAACGCCCGUCUCCUUCCCAUGCCGACUCACCCUUCCUUCUGAUCUAAAACCAUCUCCCCCCCAUGGCCGCGUCGAGGCUGUUGCAGCUGAGCCCGCCCUUCUUCCUCCGGGCGUCCAAAACUAAGCCUCUCCCCCUCCGCCCUUCCCUCUUUCCCCUAUCUAACCUCCGACCCUUCACCGUAAUCCCUCCUUCCAGGCUCCAAUCAUUCACUACCGAUGCCGCCGCGUCCGUCGACGGACCCCUGGCCGUCGCCGAGGAGGUCCCCACGCCUGCUCACCCGUGGCCCGAGUGGGACCGGUUCGUCGAGAAGCUGAAGAGCAAGGGGUACUUCGAGAGGCCCGCUUCAGCUGGCACGGCCGAGGAUGAUGAGGGCGACGGCGGAAGCGCCACUGCUGCUGAUGCCAAGAUGCAGCUGAAUCUUUUGAAGAAUGGUUGCCUAAAGUUUGCCCGCGAGCGGUUUGACAUUCUCAGUUCUCUGCCUAAAGAAGAUAUCCGAUCUAUUGUGGAAUGUGGAUGUCCUAAUCUGUUUCGGAAAUCUGUUAAUUCAGCAAAAAGAUUGCGAGCAUUUCUGCAACUUGAUGAAGGAGAUGUAUGUAGUGCAUGCAAUCUACGGGGAUCUUGUGAUAAAGCUUACAUAAUUCAACAUGAAGAGGGAGGAGCCCGCACUGUAGAUGUAGUGCGUAUUUUGUUGAGCUAUGCAGUAAAUCCAGUCAAUAUUUCAGGAGGUGAAAAUCCUUCCAUAAAAGAGAAUGUUCAGGAGUCUGCUCGGAAGCUGCUCUCGCAGCUUAUUGAACUCAGUGACACAACUAUUGAUCCAUCCCUUCCAGAACCUGCUGUGAGCACUCCUGCUCGAAAGGAACCAUCUCAGAAGAUUGGUGGUAGAAACAAGCAUCCACCCAAUGCUGAAAUGAAGAGAGGGGACUGGUUAUGCCCCAAUUGCAAUUUUCUGAACUUUGCUCGAAAUUUGCGUUGCCUUGAAUGCAAAGCAGAUGGGCCCAAGAGAGUAGAAUUUGGUGGCGCUGAAAUGAAGUUUGGUGAUUGGACUUGUCCACAGUGCCAAUUUAUGAACUUUGCUCGCAACAGGAAGUGCUUUCGCUGCCGAGAACAACGGCCUAAGAGAGAGUUGAACCCAGGAGACUGGGAAUGUCCCUCAUGUGAUUUUAUAAACUUUCGGAGAAACAGGGUAUGCCUGAAGUGCAAUUGCAAUUGCCCCGAAGAUGAGAGCAGUCGGUUUGAAGACCGUCUAUGGAGGAGGCCAAAGAAUAAUUCCAUGAAGUUUGGAGAUGACGAGGAUGAAAUUGAUGAAGAUGAGGAUGAUGACAUCUUGCCACUUCAUGAGGGAGAAAAGUUUGUUGUAAGCAAGAGAGCUACACUGUCGGAGAGGAGAUUGACAUCUGCCAGGAGAAGUAAUCCUGGAUGACCGCCUGCUCAAAGGAAUGCCUGGAAACAAAUGUAUGGGUGAAAUGUUUGCUAAAAGUUUUUCGGAUCAUGUUCUGGCUAAAGCCUUUGCCAGAGUUCAUCUAUUUACAGUUUAUUAUAUUUGAUCCAUUGCUUUGGGGGAAAACUAAUAAAAGCUUAUGCAAGCUAUUAGCAAAAAGGUUCUGACAUUAUUUUAUUGCAUUAUUAUGAUCUAGCCAUCCGCCUGGCUUUUAAUA